AUGUGGUCAGCUGUGGGGGUCCGGCUGUGGGGGUCCGGGCAAUGUGGGGGUGAUGUGGUCAGCUGUGGGGGUCCGGGUGAUGUGGGGGGUGAUGUGGUCAGCUGUGGGGGGUCCGGGCAAUGUGGGGGUGAUGUGGUCAGCUGUGGGGGUCCGGGCAAUGUGGGGGUGAUGUGCUCAGCUGUGGGGGUCCGGGUGAUGUGGUGUUCGGUGUGUGGUCAGCUGUGGGGGUCCGGGCAAAGUGGGGUGUGGUCAGCUGUAGGGGUCCGGCAAUGGGGUGUGUGGUCAGCUGUGGGGGUCCGGGCAAAGUGGGGUGUGGUCAGCUGUGGGGGUCCGGGUGAUGUGGGGGUGAUGUGGUCAGCUGUGGGGGUCCGGGCAAAGUGGGGUGUGGUCAGCUGUGGGGGUCCGGGCAAAGUGGGGGUGUGGUCAGCUGUGGGGGUCCGGGCAAUGUGGGGCUGUGGGGGUCCGGGCAAUGUGGGGGUGAUGUGGUCAGCUGUGGGGCUGUGGGGGUCCGGGCAAUGUGGGGGUGAUGUGGUCAGCUGUGGGGGUCCGGGCAAUGUGGGGGUGAUGUGGUCAGCUGUGGGGCUGUGGGGGUCCGGGCAAUGUGGGGGUGAUGUGGUCAGCUGUGGGGGUCCGGGCAAUGUGGGGGUGAUGUGGUCAGCUGUGGGGCUGUGGGGGUCCGGGCAAUGUGGGGGUGAUGUGGUCAGCUGUGGGGGUCCGGGCAAUGUGGGGGUGAUGUGGUCAGCUGUGGGGUCCGGGCAAUGUGGGGGUGAUGUGGUCAGCUGUGGGGGUCCGGGCAAUGUGGGGGUGAUGUGGUCAGCUGUGGGGGUCCGGGGCAAUCUGUGGGGGUCCGGGCAAUGUGGGGGUGAUGUGGUCAGCUGUGGGGGUCCGGGCAAUGUGGGGGUGAUGUGGUCAGCUGUGGGGGUCCGGCUGUGGGGGUCCGGGCAAUGUGGGGGUGAUGUGGUCAGCUGUGGGGGUCCGGGCAAUGUGGGGGUGAUGUGGUCAGCUGUGGGGCUGUGGGGGUCCGGGCAAUGUGGGGGUGAUGUGGUCAGCUGUGGGGGUCCGGGCAAUGUGGGGGUGAUGUGGUCAGCUGUGGGGGUCCGGCUGUGGGGGUCCGGGCAAUGUGGGGGUGAUGUGGUCAGCUGUGGGGGUCCGGGCAAUGUGGGGGUGAUGUGGUCAGCUGUGGGGGUCCGGCUGUGGGGGUCCGGGCAAUGUGGGGGUGAUGUGGUCAGCUGUGGGGGUCCGGGCAAUGUGGGGGUGAUGUGGUCAGCUGUGGGGCUGUGGGGGUCCGGGCAAUGUGGGGGUGAUGUGGUCAGCUGUGGGGGUCCGGGCAAUGUGGGGGUGAUGUGGUCAGCUGUGGGGGUCCGGCUGUGGGGGUCCGGGCAAUGUGGGGGUGAUGUGGUCAGCUGUGGGGGUCCGGGCAAUGUGGGGGUGAUGUGGUCAGCUGUGGGGGUCCGGCUGUGGGGGUCCGGGCAAUGUGGGGGUGAUGUGGUCAGCUGUGGGGGUCCGGGCAAUGUGGGGGUGAUGUGGUCAGCUGUGGGGGUCCGGCUGUGGGGGUCCGGGCAAUGUGGGGGUGAUGUGGUCAGCUGUGGGGGUCCGGGCAAUGUGGGGGUGAUGUGGUCAGCUGUGGGGCUGUGGGGGUCCGGGCAAUGUGGGGGUGAUGUGCUCAGCUGUGGGGGUCCGGGUGAUGUGGGGGUGAUGUGGUCAGCUGUGGGGGUCCGGGCAAAGUGGGGUGUGGUCAGCUGUAGGGGUCCGGGUGAUGUGGGGGUGAUGUGGUCAGCUGUGGGGGUCCGGGCAAAGUGGGGUGUGGUCAGCUGUGGGGGUCCGGGUGAUGUGGGGGUGAUGUGGUCAGCUGUGGGGGUCCGGGCAAAGUGGGGUGUGGUCAGCUGUAGGGGUCCGGGUGAUGUGGGGGUGAUGUGCUCAGCUGUGGGGGUCCGGGCAAAGUGGGGUGUGGUCAGCUGUAGGGGUCCGGGUGAUGUGGGGCUGUGGGGGUCCGGGCAAUGUGGGGGUGAUGUGGUCAGCUGUGGGGGUCCGGGCAAUGUGGGGGUGAUGUGGUCAGCUGUGGGGGUCCGGCUGUGGGGGUCCGGGCAAUGUGGGGGUGAUGUGGUCAGCUGUGGGGGUCCGGGCAAUGUGGGGGUGAUGUGGUCAGCUGUGGGGCUGUGGGGGUCCGGGCAAUGUGGGGGUGAUGUGGUCAGCUGUGGGGGUCCGGGCAAUGUGGGGGUGAUGUGGUCAGCUGUGGGGCUGUGGGGGUCCGGGCAAUGUGGGGGUGAUGUGGUCAGCUGUGGGGGUCCGGGCAAUGUGGGGGUGAUGUGCUCAGCUGUGGGGGUCCGGGCAAAGUGGGGUGUGGUCAGCUGUAGGGGUCCGGGUGAUGUGGGGGUGAUGUGGUCAGCUGUGGGGGUCCGGGCAAAGUGGGGUGUGGUCAGCUGUGGGGGUCCGGGUGAUGUGGGGGUGAUGUGGUCAGCUGUGGGGGUCCGGGCAAAGUGGGGUGUGGUCAGCUGUGGGGGUCCGGGCAAAGUGGGCUGUGGGGGUCCGGGCAAUGUGGGGGUGAUGUGGUCAGCUGUGGGGGUCCGGCUGUGGGGGUCCGGGCAAUGUGGGGGUGAUGUGCUCAGCUGUGGGGGUCCGGGUGAUGUGGGGGUGAUGUGGUCAGCUGUGGGGGUCCGGGCAAAGUGGGGUGUGGUCAGCUGUAGGGGUCCGGGUGAUGUGGGGGUGAUGUGGUCAGCUGUGGGGGUCCGGGCAAAGUGGGGUGUGGUCAGCUGUGGGGGUCCGGGCAAAGUGGGGUGUGCUGUGGGGGUCCGGGCAAUGUGGGGUGUGGUCAGCUGUAGGGGUCCGGGCAAUGUGGGGGUGAUGUGGUCAGCUGUGGGGGUCCGGGUGAUGUGGGGGUGA